AUGGAAAUCGGUGUCCGGUUCAUUGGAUUUGUCCAGAUGGUUAUGCGAUGGCUAACGAUGCCUUUCUACUUCAUAUGGUCAUUGCAAAGUGUAAAAACACUGCCAUCUAUUAAGGAUCCUAUUUUACUGCAGAGUGCCUCUACGUUAGCCAAAAAAAUCAGAAAAGGACAACUGAGCAGUGAGGAUGUUGUACGAGCGUAUAUCACAAGAAUAAAGGAAGUGAAUCCUUACCUCAAUGCUGUUGUAGAGGAUCGCUAUUCAGAUGCUCUGCAAGAUGCUCAAGAAGUUGACAGACUGAUAGCUUCGCACUGUAAAACAGAGCAAGAAAUUAAAAAACAAACACCGUUACUGGGAGUCCCAUGUACUGUGAAAGAGAGUUGUGGUGUCAAAGGCAUGAGCCAGUGUGUAGGUUCUUUAACAAGAUGUGGAAUUAAAGCAGAUAAAGAUUCUGAGGCAGUGAAAUUAAUUAGGAAAGCUGGUGCUAUUCCUCUGCUGGUCUCAAACACUCCAGAAUUCUGCCUCAGCUGGGAAACAACUAAUAUGGUCACUGGAAGAACACUCAAUCCCUACAACUUCUUAAAAACUGCAGGAGGUUCUUCUGGUGGAGAGGCUGCAUUGAUAGGUGCUGGUGCUUCAGUGAUUGGUGUUGGUUCUGAUGUGGCUGGCUCUAUUCGUAUCCCAGCAAUGUACAAUGGAAUCUUCGGUCAUAAACCAACUCCAGGUUAUGUGUCUAUUGAUGGUCACUUCCCACACGCAACAGAUAUAGAUUUUGAUAAGUAUCUUGUAGUGGGACCAGUUUCUCGAUAUGCUGAAGAUCUUAAGCCCAUGCUGUCUAUUAUGGCAGGAGACAGGGCUACCGAACUAAAACUAUAUGACCAGGUGGAUCUUCAUAAUCUGAAGGUGUUUUAUAUGGAUGAAGCCGGUUUCUCUCUGGUCAUGCUGCCUGUAGAACAGUGUAUUAAAGAUGCUGUACACAUGGCUGCAAAACACCUUAAUAGGAAGUACGGUAUGCCAAUAACAGAGGGCGGUUUCAAAGAAAUGGAAGAUUCUACUGAGAUAAGCAGUUCUGUCUUUUUUGGUUUACAAGGAAUACCAAAUCCAUUAGAAGAUCCUCAAAACCCCAAGGGGUCACAAAACUUGUUCCUGGAAAUAUUGAAGGCACUAUUUGGUGUAUCCAAGUAUUCAUUAUCUCUCUUAGGAUUUUAUGCGCUGCAAGCCACGAAUGUAUUCAUUCCGAGAUGGAAGUAUAAAUACUACUAUGACCAGAAAGAAGCACUGAAGAGAAAAUUUACAGAUGUUCUUGGGGACAAUGGAAUAUUCUUAUAUCCAACACAUCCUACUGCUGCCUAUUACCACAAUCAAAUGUAUACAAAAACUGCUGGAGUCAUGUAUACAAUGAUAUUUAAUGUGUUGGGAUUACCAUCAACACAUGUUCCUCUUGGGCUCAACGACGACGGUAUGCCCAUAGGGAUCCAGGUGGUGGCAGGCCCACAUCAAGAUCGGCUAUGUCUCGCAGUCGCAGAAGCACUUGAGAAAGAUCUGGGUGGUUGGAUACCUCCCCCAGCAGAGCUCUCUGGAAAAGCAUAACUAUACGAAUGAAAUAUAAUGACUGCACUCUGAUUGGCUCUGGUUAUAUAAGAAGUUAAUUUAUACAUUUGGGUUUUGAUUUUCAUGUAAAGUAUUUGUUUCCACACAUGAUUCUUAAAAAUAACAUGUAAUUUCCAAAAACAGAAAAUGUUACCAUGACGUGUUUACUUUCAUAAGAUAACAUGAAGAAGGUUGUUAUUUUUAUUAACUUUCAUUCUUUCAUGGUUGUAGUUGCAAAUAAUAUUGUAUCCGUUUACUUAAUUCAGUAUCCCUCCAUUACUAUGAUGGGAAAUAGCCAAGGAAAUACAAAACAACACAUAUCCAGGAAGAAGGCACGCAAGAUCCAAUUCUAACAAUGUUUAACACUGAACACACAAGGCUGUGAUAAAUACAGAGUGUCCGGAUGAAAGGUAACCAAAAUAAAAAUAUAUAUCUCGGAAACUAAUUGUCAAACACGUAUCCGAUUUAUGUCAUCGGAAAUGAAAACUGGAAGUUUUUUUCUGAGUAUAUAACUUUCUCAGUAAAUUUCAAUGUGGCUCCCCUGGUGGCACGACAAAUAUCCAGACGAUAGUCGACCUCGUUUCACGUUGCUUGAAGCAUGUUUAGUGUUACGUAGCCACAGCGUCCCUUAUGCGGGCUUUCAGGUGUUGAAGGUCGUUGAUCUUAACCUGGUAGACAAUGUUCUUCACAUAAUCCCACAAGAAAAAAUCCAAUGGGGUUAGAUCUGGCGACCUAGGAGGCCAAGCGAUUGGUCCACCUCUGCCGAUUCAUCUCCCAGCCAUCUCUCUGUCCAGGUGAUUCCUAACAUGGUGGCAGAUAUGUGGCGGCGCCCCAUCUUGUUGGAGGAUAGUUUGAGGUGGUAAUUGGGGCAGUGCAUACACCUCCAGCAUGUCCAAGUACGAACGUCCGGUCACAGUCUUUUCCGAAAAGAAAAACGGCCCAAUCAAUUUGUCAUGCAUUAAGCCGGCCCACACGUUCACUUUGAGGCUGCCUCUCUCCAACUCAAAUGUGACACGUGGAUUUUGACUGCCCCAAAUCCUGCAGUUGUACCUGUUUACAACUCCAAUGACAUGGAACGUCGCCUCGUCCGAGAAGCACACUUGGCGGAGGAAAUAGGGUGACGCGUCAAUUCUUUCUAGCAUGUCCACAGCGAAGUUUGUGCAUGCUACUUGGUCAGUCGGUUUUAGUGCAUGAAUCAUUUGAAUCUUGUACGCUCUUAGGCGGAGCCUUUUGUGUAGCACAUCGUGCACUGUUGAACGUGGAAUUUGUAACUGCAAGCUAGCAGCACGAAUUGAUUUGCGCGGACUUCGCUGGAAUGCCUCUCUAAUGCGAUUGACAUUUUCUUCAGAGGUCCGUGUCUUUCCAGGCGAUUUUACACGCAACAGAUUACCUGUAGUCCUCAGUUUGUUGUCCCAGAACCGAAUGCUUUUCCGUGUAGGAGGUUGACGUCCAUACUGCGUUCUAAAACGACGCUGAACAGCCGUAAGAGAUUGCAACUCUGCUAGCCACAACACGCAUUGAACCUGUUCCUGUGGUGUCAACAUCAUUAUUGAGCUCGCCGAAGGUCACCAGCUGGCGCAUGCGCGUAGGCCGGGCAUGAGAAAAAAAAACUUUCAGAGUUUUCCUUUGCGAUGACAUAAACCGGAUACGUGUUUGACAAUUAGUUUCCGAGAUAUAAUUUUUUUUAUUUUGGAUACCUUUCAUCCGGAUACUCUGUUUAAAUGUACAUCUUUUUCUGUUAAAGCAAUUUUCCCUCUAAUCCUAAUGCAUGUGUGUAGGUGUCUAUGCAGAAUACUUACAGAAUAAGUUUAAACUCUUAAUACACUAUAUUAUGUUCUCUGUUAUGACAAAUAUUCAGCUUUGUUUGUACACAGGUGUCAGAGUAUAAUAAUUCAUCAAGUAGCCAGGAAGCUAUGGUGUCAUUAUUACAUAUUACAUUCAGUUCCCAUGAAGGCUCUGUACAUAACCGACAAUGUAAAAGAAUGUAAGUGAAAAAUUAUUUAAGAAAACAGAAACUUCAAAUAAAACUUGGUUUCGUGAUUAAUACUUUCAGUUUAGGAAACAAUGAUAAUGAAAGAAAGUUAAAUUUGUGAAUUUCACAAAAAACUACUGAUGAAGAUGGGUUUCUUCUGAGUUGUUGUGUGAGAACCUAAACUCUCAUUAAAGGACUAUUCUCAUAUCA